GGGCACUUUGUGCUCGACAUUAUCAGUGGCCACAAUGAACCAGGCCUCACUCUAUCAGCGCGCCAACCAAGUGCAGCGUCACGAUGCCAAGCUCAUCUUGGAUGAGUAUUCCUCUCGGCUCCAAUGGCGUUCCGAUGGCCAGGACUCGCUGCUGGACGUGGGCUCCGGUUCGGGCAAUGUGCUGAUGGACUUUGUGUAUCCACUGUUGCCCAAGGGCUAUGAGCAGCUGGUGGGCACCGAUAUCUCCAGCAAGAUGGUUGGCUAUGCCAACAAUUGCUAUCGACGCUACGAACGCACGCAGUUCCAGGUGCUCGACAUUGGCUGCGAUAAUUUGCCGGAACAGUUGAAAGGACGUUUUGAUCAUGUCACAUCCUUUUAUUGCCUGCAUUGGGUGCAGAAUCUGCGCGUGGCUUUGAAUAAUAUUUACGAUCUGUUGCGCAACGAAGGAGGCGACUGUUUGCUCGUGUUUCUCGCCUCCAAUCCUGUUUACGAGGUUUACAAAGUGUUGCACACAAACGCUAAGUGGGCUGCCUAUAUGCAGGAUGUGGAACAGUUUAUAUCCCCGCUGCACACAAGUUCAAAGCCUGCGGAACAAUUCAAGCAGCUACUGAACGAAGCUGGCUUCCACUACAAGAACGUUGAGGUACGCAGCGAGGUUUUCGUCUACGAGGGAGUGCGCACUUUGAAAGAUAAUGUCAAAGCAAUUUGUCCUUUUCUGGAGCGCAUGCCAGCUGCCUUGCAUGAAGAGUUCCUAGAUGAUUUCGUUGAUGUUGUUGUCUCAAUGAAUCUAAAGCAACAAACAGACGGCGAUCAGCAGCAACAACGCUUUGCAUCGCCCUAUAAACUGGUUGUGGCCUAUGCUCGUAAGUCUUCCACUUUGUUGGGCAAUGUGCUUAGUGAAAUGUCGAGCACAAAGAGCCUCAAAGGUGUUAGCUAAGCUGGAGAAAACCCAAUUCUAUUUAGUUAAAUAUAUCAUAGUAAUAGUGCCUAAUGAUUGCGGACAUGGUAAAAAAAUAGUUCCUAAUUAUCCUUGCAAAUGAUUUCAAAGUAAAGAAAUUCAUGUUUUUA